GGCUCAUGUCCUUCAGGUGUAGUGGGCUAUCUAUAUUCACCACCCGUAAAAAACAAACAGGAUCAAAAGGGGAAACAUUCUUGGGCUCCCUUUGGACGCCCAUUCUUCAGUUGUAUUGCUCUGUCUUCGUGUUUACUGCAGAGACCCCUUUUCCUACCGUUUUGUUGUUGUUAACCAAUUUACGAAUACCGAGUUCUGUUGGAGUUUAGUGAAGCAUGGCAGACACUGCUGAAACCGGCAAUAGUGCAAGUACUGAAGAGGUAAGCAUGAACAGAGGAGCGGUGGUUACGACAGAGGAGUAUAUCACCACCGGUAACGGGACAAUAACACCCGAGAAUCUACCCACGAGUAAUGGUGGUGGCUCGGCCAAAGGGAGGGGUAGAUCGGCACUUGAUUCGGCGGCUAACGGCGCUCUGUCGAGAGCCCACAUGUCUUUGACGGAGAUUGAGAAUGGGGACCGAAGAACCCCCGUCUCUGGGGUUGAUGGAGAGUCAUCAAGACCGGGGUCCCAAACCCUGUCUGAGGACGAGAGGUACGGUACACCAGUGAUUAAAGUCCUCGAAGGAAAUGAGGAUGACGGCUCGGAUAGUGGUUGGGACACUGAUUUGGAAAUAGAAGAAGAUUCCAAGGAGACCUAUGAUGCUACAGGGAAACGAGCAUACAUCCAGGCCUGCAAGGAGAUUGGGGUCGUUCCAGUCUCACAUUUUCUACGUCACAUAACCACCAACAGAAUCGUUAUGAAGCACCAUGGGCUGGGCCCACAAGGGGCAAAGGCAAUCGCUAUACCAUUAGUUACAAAUACAACUGUCCUGACGCUUGACUUAGAAGAUAACUGGAUUGAAGGAACAGGGGCGGCAUACAUAGCAGAUAUGCUGAAAGAAAACUGCUACAUAAGUGAAUUGAAUUUGGCUGGCAACAAGAUCCGAUCCAAGGGAGCCAUAGUUACAGGAGAAAUGCUGUUUGAUAACACAAGUAUAAAAAAAAUAAACGUUGCAGGGAAUGACUUCAAAGAUAGAGAUGCCCAACCCUUUGCAGAUGCUAUGAAGAGCAACUACAGAAUCAAAGAGUUGAAUCUAAGUCAUAAUGAGUUUGCAGAAGCUGGUGGUGAAAUCCUAGGGUUAGGAAUCGCUGCAACAGAAUCCAUCAGUGAUCUGGAUCUCAGCUGGAAUCAUCUCAGGAGGAAUGGUGCAAUAUCAGUGUGCAGAGGACUAGCAGAAAAUAUGUCGAUUAAGAACUUGAACGUGUCGUGGAAUGGUUUCGGGAACGAGGGCUCACUAGCCAUGGCUGAAGCGCUGAAAUUCAACAGUACCGUACAAUGGUUAGAUAUGAGCAAUAACCGCAUCAUGGAUGAGGGGGCGCUCUUGUUGUCUAAAGGCCUGGAAGUCAAUGACUCGCUCAAAGUGCUCAAGCUUGGACUGAAUCCUAUCACAGCAGCAGGAGCAAUGGCUCUCUUACUAGCCAUCAAGAACAACAACAACAGUGCAUUGGAAGAGUUAGAUCUCACUGACAUUGUUGUUAAUAAAGACUUUGUCGACCUCCUGGAAGACCUAAAAAGGGGUCGCACCAACUUCUUGGUCUUCUACAAGGGAGCCGUUGGACAGUUUGAGAAGCCAGCUGAGAAAGAAGCAGAUCCUCUGAAGCUUCUUAUUCAGUACAUCGAGAAGAACAACCUGAGAAUAUGGGAUCUUUUUAAAGCAUAUGAUAAAGAUAAUAGUUUGACAGUCACGAGGGAGGAAUUUAAAAACGGCAUCAUGGGAUCCAACAUACCCCUGACGCCUAGGCAGGUCGAUAAGCUUGUUGCUACUCUAGAUAGAGAUGGUGAUGGGGAGAUUGAUUAUAGUGAGAUCGUGUCCACUCAUAAGGAACUCAAAGAGACCAAUCGUGAAGAACGUCGCCAGCGUAUGUCCAAAGUGCACGAGAAACGGCGCACAGCCAUCUACGCUCCGGUCGCCGAGAAGUUUGGCACCCUGAAAGUGGAGGACAUCGCCCAGACGAUGACAGAAGAGCGUCAGCGGAAACUUAGCAGCAACAUGAGGCCAGAUAUGAACCAGUGGAAUGAGGAAGGGAGAAGAGAAGAUGUGGUGACUGAUGCCAUUCGCUCCCUGGACUACACUGUGGAUUUCCGCCCGGAUGCUGCGAGAUACACUGAGGAGGAAAAGUUCCUCAUGAAGACUAUGGAUCCUGUGUCACGAGGAGGCAGUGCCAGGGGACGCAGUCCCAUAUCAUCUUGAGAAAAUAUGCUUCACUCUGUCUGAAGGAAUAUUCCAUAUCAUUUAAGACAAUGUACGUUUAUAUUAUUAUCAUUUCAUUUAAAAGUGAAUAAUGUUAACAUCAAUUUAUAGGAGUUGUUUUAUAUAUCCCUAAGCCAGCUCACAAAUUACACACUAUUUAUAUGAUUAAUUUGUUUAUGAUGGAUGGCCUAAUCUUUCGAUCAAAACUGUGGACCUUCUUGAGAUAUAUAACCUGUUGUUUUUCAGUGACCCACAUGGGCUGGUCCCAUUCUUCCAACAAUGAUGUCAGUAUCCUAACAUCCAAUUGAUUUAACGAAUCACCAGAAACAAAUAUUGCAAACUUUUACCUAGGUCCAUGACAAAAAUACUUCUACAAAUUUUGUAUAUACAGAAAAGGUAGCUCAACAAGUUUGUUUGUUUGUUUGCAAUAAAAGCACAACAAAUUUGGCUAAUUGAAGAACAGGCUUAUUGGACAAAAGUUGGCAACCGAGAAUCUUGUAUUUUGUGUUGUUGUGACAGUCCCCUUUUUUGUUUCAUCUCAGCAAAGCUUUUUUGCUAAGCAACAGUUUUUGCUGAAAUUUUCUCCUGGUAUUCUGUAUAAAUUAAAAUGCAAAAGAUAGCAUCCACUCUGCAAGUAUUUCAAACAGAUUAUCAUACACUUUGAAAAGUUUCAACAUUUGUAGUUUCAAGUAUUUUACAUUUACCUCUUGAGUAUUUAUUGAGUGUAUAGUAGAUUUACUUUAUGAAUAAUGGAAAUAUUUUUUAAGGGCAACAUCUUUCUCAGGAUUUACUCACUGAGGCUGAACAGUAAAAUAUGAUGGUCUGUCAGUAUUUUGUUCGUUUUAUUAGGGGAGGCAAUUUAUAAGUGAAUGUUCUUUUCUAUUUUCAACUCGCCAUCCAGCCAACCUAUGCAAACAUUAAUCUCACAAUGGAAAUAGGUUUCAUGUUUUGUGGGGGAUUUAAUGAUGAUUUCAUUUGUAGCAAUCGAUCAGAAUGAGCAAUGUGAUUUUUCAUGGUCAUAACCCCUGUGCCCUUUUUUUUAUAGUCAACAGCAUUUCAGACAGGUGGUGGGGGAGUUGUUGUGGUAAACUGUAUAAUCAUUGCAAGAUUUCAACAGCUAAUCCACAUUUUGAACAUUCUUUUGAUUUUGUUUAAUUAUGACCACCUUGAAAGGCAUUUAGAGCAUCUUUAGCAACAGUUUCUACGCUGUUCACCGCAACCCUGACAAAUUAAUUUGGGUGUCAGUCGUCAGCAUAGGUAUAUCACCCAGGUUGGAUGGGGUUUACUGCCCUCCCAAGUUCUGGCAGUGGGGAAAUAAGGGGGGGGGGAAUGGACAGAGAAAGCAAAAAGUUUUUUUUUACCCAGUAUUGGAAGCUGUUUUGUUGGUGUUUAAUUGUCCCCUUGCCCCCCCCCCCACCCCCAUAACAAAAACGUUCCAAUUAUCCAUGGUCACAACAUUUGGGGUUUGUGUGGUAGUAAUUUCUUUGUUUAAUGUAGGAUGCAGGCACAAUUAGGUUUUCUUUAUUUUUCUUUUACAUUAACUCAAGACUGUUUUAAAGAAAAUGCAACUCCUUGUUAUUAUACUCAAGUAUAGGAUGGUGCAUGUGUUUGUUCAUCAAAGUUAGACUUUAUUGUUCAUGUUAAAGGCAGUGGACACUAUUGGUAAUUACUCAAAAUAAUUAUUAGCAAAAAAACUUUCUUGGUGACGAGU